UAUUCUCGCAUAUCCAAAAUCAUGAAAGAGUUUGAGCCCUUCAGGAAGCUGUGGAUCACCACAUCUGAUUGGGUGCGUUGGCACGAGAGCUGGCUGACCGACCCCAUGAGUUCCAUCAAUGCCGAAGAACUUGAGCGUACGGUAAACGAAUCCUGGAAAACCAUGCAGAAGUCGGUGCGCUACUUCAGCAACAUUCCAGGUACUUGCACUCUAAAACACUUAACCAAGGUGAAUGUUCUGUGAAUGGAGUGUUAUGUUAAUUAUAUCUCUGAAAACAGUUAGUGCAGUACUGUUCAUCAGUGGUGCACAACCUGCAGGUCAUGGCCCCUUUGAGUUAGGGAGAUGGAUUAUGAAUCUAUUUGUAUUAGAUAAUGAAGAAAACUACUAAACGAAAUCUGUUGGUUGUUUUACAGCGGUACAAGAGGUGGCCAACAACAUCAAAAGCAACAUUGAGGACUUUAAACCUUACGUG